AAAAUAGCCCUAUACAACAAAGCUUUGAACUUGAGAAUUGAGAGACACCCUUCUCUUAGCUUUAGCUAUCUAAUGGAGUUCCAAUAUCCAUUCAAUUUCAUUUUCUUAUUCCUUUUCCUUUCAUUCCUCUAUCUACUACUGGUCGAAUGGAAAAAAUCAAGAAACUUAAACAAAAAUCUUCCUCCAGGCCCAUGGAAAUUGCCCUUUUUAGGAAGUAUCCAUCACUUGGCAUUAGAAGGUGGACUUCCUCAUCAUGUACUCACAAAAUUGGGAAAAAAAUAUGGGCCUGUCAUGCACCUUCAACUAGGCGAAAUUUCUACGGUCGUAGUUUCUUCUAUGGACAUGGCGCGAGAGGUACUGAAAACUCACGACCUUGCUUUUGCAUCAAGGCCUAAAUUAGCAUCCAUCGACAUAAUAUGUUACAAGAGCAUGGACAUCGCAUUUACUCCUUAUGGUGAAUACUGGAGACAGAUGCGCAAAGUAUGCGUAUUAGAACUUUUCACUUCCAAGAACGUACGGUACUUUAGUUCCAUCAGGCGGGACGAGGCUUCACGCCUCGUGCAGUUCAUCCGGUCAUCAACACGUAGCGAGCCGAUAAAUGUUACAAAACGGGUUUCAUGGUACCAGAGCUCAAAUACAUGCAAAGCAGCAUUUGGGGAAUUGUUGAAAGAUCAAGAGAAAUUCAUUGAUCAGUUUAUGUCUAGUACUCUAGUUUCAGGAAAUGCAUGGCUAAGUUUGCAUGGUACAAGCUCAAGCAUUCACAAAAUAACAAGGACUGUUCAUUGGUCUGAAUGUGUUAUAUUAGGCUAA